AUGGCCGAAUCAACGAACAACGUGCCUGCUCUGGACCCAGCGGCGGUCGCCGACUUCCAAGACACCCUCAAAAAGUCCAAACGUAUCAUCGCAGUCAUCGGCGCAGGCCUCUCGGCGCCUUCGGGCCUGGCCGUCUUCCGGGGCACCAGCGGGCUAUGGAGGAACCAGGACGUGAUGCAGAUCGCCUCGCCCGCUGGUUUCCGUCACGACCCGGGCCUAAGCUGGCAGUUCUACUCGUAUCGUCGACAAGACGCGCUCCGCGCCGAACCGAACCCGGCUCACUACGCCCUGGCGGAGCUGGCCCGCCGCGUGCCCGGCUUCGUCGCUCUGACGCAAAACGUCGACAAUCUCAGCCCGCGCGCCGGCCACCCGCCCGGUCAGCUAAAGGAGCUCCACGGUAACCUGUUCACCUUGGCAUGCGUCGAUGCGGCCGGGUGCGGGUACGUCGAGCGCGACAAUUUUGAAGAGUCCCUGACGCCCGCCCUUGACCCUUCCAGAGACGAGAAGGCGACCAUAGGGAGUAUCGACCACGACAACAAGCCCAGGGCGAGCCCGCUCCUACUGGCUGGCAUCGCCCGGAAGCACGCCCAGAUCCUCGGGGACAGCUACCAGGGCAACACCCCGACCACGCGGGAUCUGGCUGCUCUCAAGCCCCCGGAGCAAUCGGCGAGUGCCCCGGUCGCCAGCGUCCCGCUGUCAUCGGGCUUGACGAAGGAGGAUCUGCCGCAAUGCCCCAAGUGCAAGAACGAGAUCCUUCGACCCGGGGUUGUAUGGUUCGGCGAGCCUCUACCCGUCGAUGUCGUGGAGGAGACCGAGGCAGUCUUCGACGACCCUGAGCCCAUCGACCUCUGCCUCACCAUAGGCACCUCCAGCAGGGUCUGGCCGGCCGCCGGGUACGCCGACAUGGCCCGGAAGAAGGGUGCGAGGGUUGCUGUCAUCAACACGAGCGCCGACGACGCCAAGAAUGUCCGGGCAGGCCGGGAUUGGGUGUUUGUGGGAGACGCGGCAGUUGUCUUGCCGGAGCUGCUGAGGCCCGUCGUUGGCGAAGUUGCAUGA